AUGACAAAGGAGGCGGUCAUAGGGGCGAUUGAGAACAGUGAGGAGCAGGCGGUGGCUUUGCUGGCGGAGGCGGUGGCAAUAAAGUCUGUCUCAUGUCAGUACGGGACGCGUGAGAAGGUGCGGGAGAUGGCUACAUGGAUCAAGGGUCAGUUGUUGAAGAGUCAUCCUGAAGCGAAUGUUCGGUUUGAGGAGAUUGAGGAGACGCAGACGUUCCCGGACGGGUCGAUGGCUAAGUACCCUCCACUGGUGUUUGCGGACAUGGCUAGGUUCGACGGGAGCAAGAAGACGGUGUUGAUCUACGCACAUUACGACGUACAGCCUGCAGAGCAGAGUGACGGUUGGGAUACGGACCCGUGGCAGCUGACUCGCUUGGGUAAGCAGUUACGUGGCCGGGGCAGCACGGACGACAAGGGACCGCUGGUGGGGUGGUUGUACGUGUUUGCGCAAUAUGCGGCAGCGAAGAAGGCCUUCCCUGUGAACGUGAAGUUAGUACUGGAGGGCAUGGAAGAAUCGGGCUCGGUGGGUUUCGACACAACCGUAGCGCGGCACAAGAAGGAGAACCCGAGCUGGUGGGAGCAGGUGGACUAUUGCGUGGUGUCCGACAACUACUGGCUGACGACCGAGAAGCCAUGCUUGAGCUAUGGCUUGCGCGGAGUGAACUCGUACGAAGUGGCAGUGGAAGGUCCCGCGGUAGACCUGCAUUCGGGUGUAUUUAGCGGUGCCGUGUAUCAGCCGUUGGACGACUUGCUCUACGUCCUGAACAAGCUGAAGGGUGAGGAUGACCGCAUGCUAAUUCCCGGUGUCUACGACCAAGUAGCGCCUGUGACGCCUGAGGAAGAAAAGAUGUAUGACAACCUCUGCUUCAACCUCAAGGACUUCCAGGACCAGAUCGGCGUCAAGGGCCUCCGCCACGAAAACGUUAAGGACCUCCUUAUGGCCCGCUGGCGCCACCCCACAUUGACCAUCCACGGCAUCGAGGGCGCCUUCAGUGAACCCGGUUUCAAAACCGUCAUUCCGCGCAAGGUCAUCGGUAAAUUCUCCAUCCGAGUUGUGCCCAACCAGACCUGCCAAUAUGUCGACCAGAAGACCGUAGAGUAUGUCCAACAACUCGCCAAAGAACGCAAAACCGCGAAUAAAAUCACGGUCACCCCUCUGGACGCCGGUACCUGGUUCUACGUAGAUCCAACUAGCCAUGUAUUCAAGGCAGCCCACCAGGCCGUUGAGCAGGUCUGGGGCGUAGCACCCGACUAUACUCGCGAAGGAGGUAGCAUCCCCAUCACGCUCACGCUCUCCGCACUGACCGGCAAGGACCUCUGUCUUAUACCCAUGGGCCGCUCGGACGACGGCGCCCACAGCCAGAACGAGAAGCUCGAUGUGGACACCUUCAUGGGCGGCAUGAAGGUCUUUGUCCACUUCCUCGAGAACCUUGCCACGAUGUAG